CAAGAUGGCGCCCGGCGAGUGAUUCACCCCAGAUACGUCCAGCGGCCGCUGAGACACCGGGGCGGGGGGGUCCUGCCCCCACGGUCGCCCUUCCUCCUCUCCCCCACCCCCGGAGACCCCCCACACCCUUCCUCCCUCUACCUCGGGGUGGGGGUGGGGGGGCGAGCCUGGUUCCCGGGACACCAUGUCGGACUCUGAGGAGGAGAGCCAGGACCGGCAACUGAAAAUCGUCGUGCUGGGGGACGGCACCUCCGGGAAGACCUCCUUAGCUACGUGUUUUGCUCAAGAAACUUUUGGGAAACAGUACAAACAAACUAUAGGACUGGAUUUCUUUUUGAGAAGGAUAACACUGCCAGGAAACUUGAAUGUUACUCUUCAAGUUUGGGAUAUAGGAGGACAGACAAUAGGAGGCAAGAUGUUGGAUAAAUAUAUCUAUGGAGCACAGGGAAUCCUGUUGGUAUAUGAUAUUACAAAUUAUCAAAGCUUUGAGAAUUUAGAAGAUUGGUAUUCUGUGGUGAAGAAAGUGAGCGAGGAGUCAGAGACUCAGCCGCUGGUUGCCUUGGUGGGCAAUAAAAUUGAUUUGGAGCAUAUGCGAACAGUAAAACCUGAUAAACAUUUACGGUUUUGCCAGGAAAAUGGUUUUAGUAGCCACUUUGUCUCAGCAAAGACAGGAGACUCUGUCUUCCUGUGUUUUCAGAAAGUUGCUGCUGAAAUCCUUGGAAUCAAGUUAAACAAAGCAGAAAUAGAACAGUCGCAGAGAGUGGUGAAGGCAGAUAUUGUAAACUACAACCAGGAGCCCAUGUCAAGAACUGUUAACCCUCCUAGGAGCUCUAUGUGUGCAGUUCAGUGAGCACAGCUUGCUUUUGUCCCUGUAGUCCUGGCUGCCCCUCGCCU